AUGCUAAUUUCAUUAAUAUGUGUUUUCUCAGUGGGUUUGACUCCAGGUCCUAGAUCUACUUUGCCUCCCAGCACAACAGUGAGUCCUACAGAAGACACCACAGUGACAGCAACUUCCAGUUUGACCUCUCCUUUGACCUCCAGUACAGCAGUGAAUCCUACAUCAGCAGUUUCGACUGUUACUUCUACUUUGACCCCUGACAUCACAGUGAGACCAACUAGUUUGACCUCUCCUUUGGCCCCCAGCACAGCAGUGAAUCCUACAUCAGAUUUGACUGUUAGUCCUACCUUGACAACUGACACCCCAAAGAGUCCAACUGAAAGAGGUCAAAGCUCCACAGAAAGCGUUGUGAAUUCAAACAGUCAAAAAGAGUUUUGGCUAUCUUAA